AUGCAUCUGCUCAGCAAGCACUGUUACACCUCCCUUGGUUCGUUCAGCCUACCUUGUGUUUCAUGUGCUGUGCUCUUGCUGCAACAUAAGUGCGAGUUGCGGACUUGCAAGGCCAACUCAACGUGCGUCAAGGAUGCAAACGGGAAUACAACUUGCGAGUGCAUCAAGGGCUUUGAGAGGCUUCCAGGCAAUGAUGCUUGCGUUGACAAGUGUGCUUCAGUAAAGUGUGGGCCAGGCGGCAAGUGCAAGACGGAUGCGGUCGGAAGUCCCGCCUGUAAUUGCAGCACUGGCUUCAAGCUGUCUUCUGACAAGCUCACUUGCAUUGACAUGUGUGGUUCAGUGGAAUGCGGGCCCGGUGGCACGUGCAAGACGGAUGCAAAGGGAACUGCAUACUGCAGUUGCAUGGCAGGAUUCGUGCCGUCUUCUGACAUGCUCACUUGCAUCGGUGAGCUCAGUUGCUUGCUUCACUCCAAUUGA